AUGGCCCACCGCCUCCUCUCCUUCCCGCCUUGGGCCGGAACAACCUUCGUUCCACGCGGUCCUAAGACAAACGGCGAGAUUCCUUCCAAUAUCGACCCUACCAAAGCCUCUCUCCCAACGCCUUUCACGGCCGUCAUCACCGGCGCAAGCAGAGGAAUCGGAGCCGCGACAGCCAAAGUCUUCGCCCAAGCAGGCGCUACCGGUCUCAUCUUGACCGCGCGCAAAGCAGCCGAUAUCGAAGAAACAAAAGCAGCCUGCGAGCAGGUCGCAAAGAAUAAAGACCUCAAAGUCGUCCGCGUGUCUGCGGAUGUUUCCGAAGAAAUAUCCGCUAUCAACCUCGCGGAGAUAGUGAAACAAGAAUUCGAAGGAAACCUAGAUCUUCUCAUCAACAACGCAGGUCUGGUCGGGACGAACCCCACCAUGCUGUCCCCUCUACACGAACAGGAUUCCUCCCAAGUAGAAGUCACCACGAACACGAAUUAUCUGGGCAGGGUGUAUAUGAUCAAACAUCUUCUUCAUUCGAUCCUCUCGAACCCUCGCCCUACCAAAUCCAUCAUUAACAUUUCCAGCGUUGGCAGUCAUAUCCCUGGCUCUCCACUCGGAUUUGGGAUUUCUGCUUUGGCUACGAAUCGUCUCUCGGAGAGGGUGGCUUUGAUGUACGGAGAGCAGGGCGUUUUCUGUGCGGCUGUGCAUCCGGGUGCUGUGGAGCCGGAUGUGCUGCCGCCUGGGUGGCCGGAGAGUGUGAGGGAGUGGUCGACGGAUGCGCGUGGGCUUUGUGGGGCCUGGUUGGUUUGGUUGAUUUCCGGUGGGGAGAGGAAGGAAUGGUUGAAUGGGAGGUAUUUGGAUGUUACGUGGGACGUGGAGGAGUUGGAGAAGAGGAAGGAGGAGAUUGUUGAGAAGGAUUUGUUAAAGAUGAGGAUGACGGUGUAA